UCUGUGCGCCAAGAAUAACGUUAAUGUUUUCCGUGGCUUGUAGAGGGCCUUAUUGGGGGCUUCGCCUGCUCUUCACAUGUUGUUACCCCAUCAUCUGAUCGGAAAAUACCGUCUAAUGAAAGUAAAGCGUCUGCUUUGCUCAGGGGGGAUUUGCCAUCCGAAACCAACCGGCUCUGUCUGUGUGAAAUAGGGAAUGAACGACGAGACAGCAUCGGACAGCUGGAAUAGAAACUCAGGGUGCUCCAGUAUUGAGCAAAUGCUGGCUGUGAACCCCGGAAAGACGCCCAUCAGUCUGCUGCAGGAGUAUGGAACGCGGAUAGGCAAGACCCCUGUGUAUGACCUGCUGAAGGCCGAGGGACAGGCCCACCAGCCCAACUUCACGUUCCGCGUCUCAGUGGGAGAGAUCAGCUGCACCGGCCAAGGGCCCAGCAAGAAGGCAGCCAAGCACAAAGCAGCCGAGGCUGCUCUGAAGAUGCUCAGGGGAGGCCUGGGAGGUCCCGCUGGAGUUAAUGUUGGGGUGGAUGGGUUCAUUGGGGUUGAUUUGACUACUGAUGGAGACAGCUCUCAGUCGGAAAUGAAGACCACAGGCAGUUCUCAGCAGUCUGAAUGUAACCCAGUGGGGGCUCUGCAGGAACUGGUGGUGCAGAAAGGAUGGCGUUUGCCAGAGUACACGGUUACCCAGGAAUCUGGUCCAGCACAUCGCAAAGAGUUCACCAUGACCUGCAGGGUUGAGAGAUUUGUGGAAAUAGGAAGUGGUACGUCCAAGAAGCUGGCCAAGAGAAAUGCAGCUGCAAAGAUGUUGUCCCGUAUACACGAUGUACCAGUAGACCUGAGAACCAGCAAUGAUGCUGAUGCAGAAGAUGACACGUUCACCAUGCACAUGGGGAGCAGAGCUGAGUCAGGCAAAAGUAAAGUCUUUAGCUGCACAUGGGAUUCUCUGCGUAACUCUGCUGGAGAGAAGAUCCUCCAACUCCGGAGUCACCCCCUGGGGAUGCCCUCUGAUUCCAACUUUUGCUCUUUGCUGAACGACCUGUCUCUGGAGCAGCGCUUUGAUGUCAGCUACCUGGACCUAGAGCAGCGCAGCCUGAGCGGCCUGUGCCAGUGUCUAGUGGAGCUCUCCACUCAGCCAAUCACAGUGUGCCACGGCUUUGCUUCAAGCACAGACGCUGCUCGAGCCAACGCAGCCCACCAUGCACUGCAGUACCUCAAAAUCAUGGCUGGAGGGAAGUGACGUCUUCUUCAUUACAGACUUGAACUCGCUGUUUUACAAAGCUGGGAAAAGGUUCCACUUUGGACAACAGAGGCACUUUUGUGAUAAGUUCAAAUAACAUGAAUUACCUCAAAUUUGGAAAUGGAGAUAUUUUCUGUCCACAUGUACCCCCCCCCCCCCACCUCAUUGUGGUCACUUGGGUUUUUUUAAUUGUUGACAGAAAAUAUUACGUUGCCCAAAAAUCUUCCUUGACGUUGGCCUUUUAUCAAAGGCUUCCUGAGUAUUUUUAGUUCUUGUUUGCUUUGAUACACAGAGCACUGUGUUUUUCGAAAUUUUAAUAUUGUCAAAUUAAAUUUUAAGUUGUGGAUUUUGAAAAUUAAAAAGAGGUGUCAAAUAAAUGGAGAUAAAAUCUGAUUCAAAUUAAAGGGGUUUAAAGAAACUGGGCCUGUGGUUCCCAGUUUCUGGUGCUUAAUCUAAUCCCUUCUCUCACAGAUAAAAGUUAAAUCAUGCUAAAGCAACUCUAUUAAAUCAAUAUUUUUAAACAGCUUUUUUUCCAGAUACACUUGUCUUGUCUUGAAAUGUUUGGAAAUCAACUGUCCAUGAAGACAGUUGGGGACAUUUACUAAUAUGAUCUUGGAAGGAUUCAUUUCAAAUGAUGAAUCUUGUAUGCGUCAAGUGAAUUCUUCUUAAAAGUGUUUUAAAUUUGCCCUUUGUAGAUGGCUUUGUCUGACUUUAAGUGCAGACAAUGAAUUCAAUUGAUUGAUUGUUGCACAUUGAAAAUUGAUUUCAAACACUGAAAUAUUCAGUAUAUAAAUACAGUAUAUAAAAUCUAAGUGCUAAUAAGUGUAUUAGAGGUUUGUUAAUCGUUUUUACAUUAUCAUCUAACACAGUUUUAAUGUCCUCACUAAAAAUGUUUGUUAAUUCUAAUUUUAAUUUAUGUGACUUAUGCAAUGUUGUGUUUUUUUAACAUGAAAAUCAAUCAUGGUUCCAGAUUCUCCUCAAUUACCUGUGGUUUCUUUGCAUGAGGUUCCACUUUCACUUUCUCUACUGCCUUGCACUCAUGAAUUAAGUGAGAAAUGAACUGGCCCUACUUGAAAGUAUGAAGUCCUUUGCACAGGACAGGCUGUACAUGAACACCUGCUGGAAUCACGAUCUAAUGUGUGUGUGAAAAGGCAGAUCUGCUUCACAUUAAUAACAGAAGAAAGCUUGUGCUUUAGCGAAUAUGUUUUGGCAUAAUUGAUUAGAAAACGCAGAGAACUCAAAUGUUCAUGUGAGUUUGACUUGUUUCCAAUAAAACAUGUUUUUGUAUGUUUUACUGUAAA